CAUGACAGGCUGGGAACCGUAGGAUGCAAUACAUGCGGUGGCUGAUACAGUACACGAUGUUGACAAGCAGACACUUUCGCAGGCGUGGCCGAUGGCCUAGUACGUCUCGUUACGUUGAGCCGAAUAAACGUGAUGUAUGAGCACCAGACGCUUGGUGAGCGCGGUCAUGCGAUCUACUAUAAAUGCUUUCUGGGAGUUCAUGCCGGAGCGACUAUCCUCUCCCCUCUCACUUCACCUCGAAGGUUUCAGGGAUGUGGUUGGCCACUUUCGCGCUGCUUGCCACACCUACUGUCGUUAUUGGGCUGGCAAAUUCUGCUCACCUAGACGUGCGUGCCAGCGACAGGGCUCCAAGUCAGUUGCGACUAGUGGAGAAUAGCGGAGAAUGCGAGACUAUACCUGGUGUCAAUCAGGCUUCUGGUUAUGCGGACAUCGACGCAAAUAACAGCAUGUGGUUCUGGUUUUUUGAGGCUCGCGAGCACCCCGAGACUGCGCCCCUAACGCUCUGGCUCCAAGGCGGACCGGGAGGUUCUGGACUUGUUGGUUUAUACCAAGAACACGGUCCUUGCAGAAUCAAUAACGAUAGCUCAACGGUGUCAUUCAACCCAUUCUCGUGGAACAACGCGUCGAACAUGAUUUACAUCGAUCAACCCAUCGGGACGGGCUUCUCCAACGGUGAUCGACAGCUGAAUAAUUCGGUCGCGGCUGCGGCCGACGUGUGGCAGGUUUUGCAAAUCCUCUUUGCAGAUGCGCGUUUCGAGGAGUUCCAAUAUAACGAUUUCGGGGUCUGGACCGAAUCUUACGGUGGGCAUUAUGGUCCAAUCUUCGCUCAAUACUUCUUGGACCAGAACGCAGCCAUCGCCAACGGCAGCAUCCGCGGUGUGCCCAUUAAUAUGAAAGUUCUGGGAAUCGGUGAUGGGCUAACUGAUCCUCUCAUUCAGUAUGAGAGCUACCUGACCUACGCUCAAUCCAAUCCGUACUUCCCAACGACUACCAACGAUACCAUUCAGUCUGCGACCGACUUCUGGAAUCAGCAAGGCGGCUGCAAAGACAUGAUUCAUCAGUGCUAUGAUUCGCUGGACCCGACGACAUGUUCUUCCGCCCAGAAUUUUUGCGACGCCCUCAUCACGCACCGUCUCGCCGGCAAUCAGGACGAGGACUACAUCCUUGCUGACUUCUCCGAUACGUAUCCCCCGGAUAUCACACAGUACGCCAACAAUACUACCCGCAAGCAGCGUAUUGGCGCUGUUGGAGAUUUUGAAGAAGUGAACUCCGAGGUUCUGUUCGAGUUCCAAGGAGAAUGGAUGCAGAACUCGCGCCCUAUGCUUGAGGCGGUUGUUGAUGCAGGCAUUCGGACGGUUCUCUAUGUCGGUGAUGCGGACUACCUGUUCAACUACUUCGGUGUCGAAGCGAUGCUUGAUCAAAUGCAGACGAAGUUCAGCACAGAGUGGGCCGAGCAACAGUUCUCUAACUUCACGGUUCAUGGAGAAUCUGCCGGCCUCUUCAAGAAUGCCGGGACGCUUUCCUACGUACGGGUAUUCGGGGCCGGACACGAAGUUGCCGCAUACAGAUUUGGCACGCUCGGCAGUGGCGAAGCUGCUUACCAGAUUUUCAGUCAGAUCGUCGGUAACAAUCCGUUGUCUGCUACGUAGUGGCUACACCUUCGACAUGAAGAUCUGUAUAUACAAAACUGUUCAUCAUGAGACUACGGCUGCUGGUCCACGGUGUCAUCACAGGAUUCCAAAUUGAUUAGAAGUUAGACCAGAACCAUCGUCGGGGCGGUCGCAUCCCCGUGGCACGACCUAACUUGGCCGUGUCGUCAUCCCCAUCCGAAGCCAUCCAAUACCACUCGUAUUGUUCGUUCUCCGUCAAGCCAUCCUUGAUGACUUUCAACCACUUCUUCCCAAAUUCCGCCCUGUAAAUGUAGAUGAGGUCGUGAAUUACGGAUGUGCUGAUGUCCAUCCACUCCUCGUCUUCCUCCGAUCCGCUUAGGAUGCGCUCCAAAGUGGUGAUGCAGAUAUUGUCGCCGACCCACGCUCCGCGAUGCAGCUUCGCGGUGACCUCGUUCUUCGCCAUAGAGAUGCUAUCGUCCUCAGACCAAGCGAUGCGCGUCAGCAAGGCUUGGCCGAGAUCCGGCAAACAGUUGGGCAAGAAAGGUUGAGCGUCGUUCGGGCGUUUAGCGAGCUUUGCAAUCUCGGAUGCGCGGACAUACUCCUUCUUGCUAAGGUUGCAAAGCACCCAAUCCUUCCGGUCUGUCGGGUACGUGACCGCCAUGAGAGCAUCGAACCUCUUGCGAUCAGCUUUAGUGAAGCGAGCGUACCACUCGUUGAUCUCGUCCGGCCAACGCUUGGGGUCGUAGAACGCGUGCGCCCCUCGCCAAAGAUUGUGCGGCUCCACCUUGAGCUGGUGAAUCCCGCCAUAGGACAUGUCGGCUUUGUCGGUCCCGGCGGAGUCGCGUUUCCCUUCGAUCUCAGCGCGUUCCUGAGCCGUAUAGAGUGAUUUGGGGACAUCUUCGUAACUGGCGUAAUCUCCCAAACAGACGACACGGCAACACGCCCAAGGUGCUGCGCAACCGUCUCGCGCGUCUUCUACGGUGUAACGUGCGAGGUCGAAGACCCGUCGGCAUGUAACCGCGAAGGCGGCGAGGGUCUGGAGGCUGGUGAAGGAUCCGGUGAUCUUCAGCAAGAGCUCGUUCGGAAGUGAGAAUAAACCGGUCGAUUGGGCGACAUUGGCAACGGUGGGCGUCGCCUUGAAGACGCUGUCAAGGUCCGGUCUAGAGUGCGGCAAGGUGAUGCUCCUCACAAGGAAUCCUUGCUUGCUGAAGAAAAAUUCACCCAAUUUCGCCAGUCCAUUUCGUUCGCCGAUCUCGCGUUUGUCAACGUUGUAAAAGUCCCAAUACUGGCCCAUGAUGGUUCACAGUUAUGAACUAAGAGGUGGAUACAAGAGGACUGUGCAAAAAUAGC